GCAGCAGCAGGAGGAGGAGCAGCACAGUGUGCAUUAGUUAGCUCCCUGCUUUCACAGUGGAAGAAGCCAUGGCGUCUGCCCUGUGCACUGUUGUCGUGUGUGCUGUGUUUGUGUUCCUAGCCCCGGGUGUAUCUGCAGGGGGCAAGUGUGAGGCCUACACCGAUUUGACCAACACCUACCACCCAUCUCAGCGAUGCUACCUUGGAUUUUGCUGUGGUUCUUGCUUUAAUAGAUACUGUUGUCAGGACAGUUUCUUUCGCCUCAGUGAGGAUAAACAGGAAGAGUGUGAUGAAAGAUACACAUAUUCAUCCACGGUGCCCUUGGUGUUUGGUAUAACUGGCUUCAUUGUCUUUAUACUCAUCGUCAUCUGCUGCUGUGUGUGUCCCUGCUGCUGUUUGUACAAGAUGUGUCGCAAACCACAACCUGUGAUAGCUACCACCACCCACACCACAGUGGUCACCAGCACUCCUCAACACUACCCCCAGCAGCCAACUGCAGUGCCUCAGUCCUACCAGGGGGCGCAGUACCCAGCCUACCAGCCUGUACCUGUCCAGCCUGGUUACGGAGCCCAGCCUAUGCCCACGAUGCCCUACCAGGGACAGCCGUACAAACCAGGACCACCACCAACAUACCAAGAAGCCACUGGUCCUGCCUACCCUGUCAGCCCGAUGCAUUACAGCCAAGCCGCAUUCACCCCUGGGCAGCCGUCGUACCCUCUACAGCCUCCUGUCCAGCCGCAGCCUGUUGCUCCACCCCCACAGCCAGACUACUUAGCCCAGCCAGCAUACAAUCCCGAUUAUGUAGCACCUCCACCCUAGAUGGGAUAAAGGACCAGACCCCUGGUUUUCAGCCACUUUAGUCAUGCUACAACAUUUUGGAACUUGGCAAAGCUGGAAAUGUGUAAUCUGAAUUGAGAGGAGGUUCGUUCUUAAGCAUCUUAAUUCACAUAUUUUCUUGGUUAAUAUGUGAAUGCUAUGACACAUUUGUUGCAGAUGUCCUGUCAAAAAAGCUGCCAAGUGAAAAUGUUGAUGCUUCUUGGUUCAUGUUGCAUGGACUGAUAAAUCUUCUUUGUGUAUUGCUAUAUCUCAGUCAUCUUAGUCAUAAAACCACUGAGUGUGAUUUUAAAGAGUAGGUCAAAUGCUCUGUCUUUCUUUUAACCUCCAUUUCCCUUUUUGCUGCUAUCUAUACUGUGUGUACAGGCUAAACUUGUUUGUUCUACUUCUUCACCGUCUACCUUUAAUACAAAAUACUCAGUGGUCAAACUUUGGCAAAGUGCUGGUGACUGGUGCCAUAAUCUUAUUUUACACAGUACUUUUUAUUUCUUAGACUCUAGAGGGUUUAUAAUUCUUUUAUAUGUAUAAUACUUGGGAACAAAAAGUCCAAAAUGUUGUCUCCCUUUGCCCCUAUGAGGAUAACGAACUGAGUGGAGACAAAAAGCCUUUCUUUUUUAAACUCCCAAACUUAGGGAUGCACUGAUCUGUUGGCUGGUAUAUGCCUUUUUGACUACCAUUGGCCUAUAAAUCAAUAAAUGAUAAAUGAGUCAAUAAUGUAACACGGCGGUUACCAAUGGAAGUGGCCGAUGACCAUAUGCUCUUACAAAAGACUUCCUGUGUGAUAAUGUAGCAUCUUGACUGCAGCCACGCUCUCUAUUCAUUCAUUUCCAUUGCUGUUGUACUAAUUUGGGUUUAGUAUGUUGCAGAUUGUCUUGUCUUGAAUUUCAAGUGGACCAUGUUGUGUCCUGAACUAUGUGUCUAUGUAAGUGUACUGACUAAAUUAUUAGUUAAUUUAAGUCUAGCUCAGUGAUGCAAACUAGAAUUUAGCUUGCUAGCAGUUAGCAACAGAACACCAUAAAAACAUAGUAAACAAAUAUAACCCUAACCCCCUGAAAAACAUCAGAAUCAGCUUGGGCUAAACUGGUAUUUUAGCCAUCGGUAUCAGGCCAGAAUUUCAGGAUCUGCACGUCCCUUCCCCAAACCCCUCUGUGAAAAGGGAAUGUUUGUUCUACGCUACACAGCUUUUUAUAUCAAUACAGCAAACACUUUGCAUACACUUCCGUAUGUUCAGGCAGAAGGGAGAUUUUUUUUUUUUUUUUUUUUUUUGCUCAGGUUGUGUGUUUUUAAUUAGUUUAGAUCUGUAUGUUUUUCUAAGCUGAAAUGCAUCGGCAGCUUUGAAUGAUGAAACCAAACGAGAUUUAUUUCUUUACAGUUUAACAUUUGCCUUGUUGAAUCCAAAAAAGGUAUAUCCAGUAUACAAAAUGCAAGAGCACCUGUGCCUUCUCUGUCAUUUUACAAAAAAAUUCAUGUAUAUCAUUCAAAAGUAAAUUUCAUCUGUUUAAUUAUUAAAACAUUACUUAAACCAGCAACAACUAGUCUGUCUAGAUAAGAUAAACAGCGUUGCCUUUUAGCUUUAAUUCCGUAUUUAUAUCAAACUGUUAGUGUUCUGUUCUUUUUGUUUAGGUCAUUUUUUUCUUUUUCAGUAUUGUAUCAUUUGCCUUGUCAAAUGUUAAUGUUCCUAUGUAUAAAUUGGUGUCCUUAUUAGGCUGUUCCAACAGACAAUUUGAAUAGGUUUCAUUUAGUGACUUUUCUUCUCAAACUUCACAAGAACUCCUCCUUUCCUCUGCUCUGUCACAUGUUUUGCUUCAGCCUUGCCAUGACAUCUGUUUUUUAGCUGAAAUUACUUGAAAAUAGUUUCACUCAAGUGACUUCUUUUGACCCUGCUCAAAGACAGAACUCAUGACAUUCAUAUUUUGAGCCACAUUGGUUGAAAUCUGUCACUUUUAUUUCUUUUCAAUAGCAGUGGUCCGUGAAUUUAAUAACAUACUUAUCAAUAUUUACUGUCGCUGAGGUUAAUGGGUACAAGUUUCAGAAUAACAUUCCAUCCUGUGACUUAUUACCCAUUCAAGUAUGAGAUCACUGCUAAUAAAAAAUAAAAUGAUCUUUUUUUUGGGUCCAAGUAGGUGUGUGAUCCUUUCAUAUUUUACAUUUGCGACUGUUUAUGAGGAAUGUACAUGCAUGUGUUCCAAUCUGUGUAGUGACAUUGUUGUAGACCUGCAUUUUCUGUGAAUCCUGUCUUCAUAAAGGCAUCGUGCCUGCGAUACCAAUCUUGGCCAGUGUUCAAGGCGUUUGUGUCCAUUUUGUGUGUAUGGAUGACAUCAGUUUAUGUUUUUCUGUGUAAAAGUUAAAAAGCAUUUUGUUCUUGUUCCAUCUGUGCUUCAUGUUCAAGAACUGUCACUGUUGCUACUCUGAGACUAUCUGUACAUUGCUUUUAUUCUGUUGAAAUCACAUCUUUCAUUCAGCUGAUGUCAAUAAAAAGUAUAUUUUCUGUUUUUGA